CCCGCCCCGUCCAGCGCGCGCUGCCCGGCUCCCGCAGGCCCCCCCCGGCGCCCGCGUUCCUAUGGACAGACGCACAGACACCUGCAGGAAAGACGCUGCUGAUCCUAUAACAUGGAGGAUUGUCUUCAUACCUCAUCUGAGAAUCUGUCCAAAUUGGUCAGCUGGGCCCACAGCCAUGGGACCAUUUGCAGCCUCAUUCCAAACCUGAAACACCUGCUUUCUGAAGGUUCCCAUGGGAACCUGACAGCAAUGUGGGGCUGUAGCGCAGGCCAUGCCUACCACUGGCCACUAACAGCUACUUGCAGAGCUGGGUCCCAAGAGAGAGUCUGUUUCCAGGAUAAUAGAAGUUUUAACUCUGAUAGUCCCAGUAUAAUCGGGGUGCCUUCUGAGACGCAGACUAGCCCUGUCGAAAGGUACCCAGGCAGAGCAGUGAAAGCAAAGCUAGACUGUAACCGGACCAGAGACUCCUGUGACUUCUCUUACUGCAGUGAGCCCUCCGAGCUGGAUGAAGCCGUUGAAGAGUACGAGGAUGAAAACACCCUCUUUGACAUGGUUUGUGAGUCUUCUGUUACGGAUGAGGAUAGUGACUUUGAACCCCAAACCCAAAGGCCCCAAAGCAUUACCCGCAAAAGACCUGGUGUGGUCCCGUCUUCCCUCCAUUCAAGCUCCCAGACGCAGAUGGUGGAUGAAUGCAGCAAUGAUGUCAUCAUCAAGAAAAUCAAACAAGAAAUUCCAGAAGAUUAUUACAUUGUGGCAAAUGCAGAGCUGACUGGCGGAGUAGAUGGACCAGCUCUGUCAUUGACACAGAUGGCAAAACCCAAGCCUCAGACUCACGCUGGUUCCUCCUGUGUUGGGGCUGCUAAGCUGGUUCCCCACGUAGCAUCUGCCAUCGGCACGGAGCUGGACCCACAUGGGAUGUCUGCAUCCCCCUCUGUGAUCUCCAGACCACUCGUCCAGAAGACCGCGAGGGUCUCUCUGGCUUCACCAAACAGAGGACCACCUGGUGCACAUGGCACCAACCAGCAGGUGGCCAUGCAGAUGCCUGUGAGCACAUCCCAUCCUAACAAACAGAUCAGCAUCCCUCUGUCUGCCCUGCAGCUGCCUGGACAGGAUGAGCAAAUUGCUUCGGAAGAGUUCCUGCCUCACCUGCCCAGCCAGGUGUCCUCCUGUGAGGUAGCUCUUUCUCCAUCAGUCAACACAGAGCCAGAAGUGAGCUCCAGUCAGCAACAGCCUCCAGUCGCACCAACCAUAACCACUGAGGCCACAGCACAGUGCAUACCAGACCAGGAUGAAAGAGCGGCCGAGCUCAGCAGGGAGCAGAACGAGAAAACCAUCCGGAGCACGCAGACCGCGCUCCGCAAUUUCCCUUAUUCUACUAAGCUGAACAAAUUCCCUGUAUUUAAUGUUAAUGAUGACUUGAAUGAUCUGUGUACCAGUGCAGUAAGCCCAAAUACUACCAAAGCCACGCGCUACGCCCUGAACGUGUGGCGAUACUGGUGCAUGACCAACGGGCUGAAAGACCACACGGACAUCACCAAGAUCCCUGCAGUGAAGUUGAACGAGCUGCUCGAGAACUUCUACGUCACCGUCAAGAAGAGUGACGGGUCAGACUUCCUGGCCACCUCGCUGCACGCCAUCCGCCGGGGCCUGGACCGCAUCCUCAAGAACGCGGGCGUGGGCUUCUCCAUCACCAGCAGCACCUUCAGCUCUUCCACCAAGAAACUCAAGGAGAAGCUGUGGGUGCUGAGCAAGGCGGGGAUGUCGGGGGCCCGAUCUCGCAACAUCGUCUACUUCUCCCUUUCCGACGAAGAGGAGAUGUGGCAGGCCGGCUGUCUGGGGGACGACAGCCCCAUCACCCUGCUGUCCACCGUGGUCAAGUACAACAGCCAGUACCUGAACAUGCGGACGCUGCAGGAGCACGCGGACCUCAUGUACGGAGACAUCGAGCUGCUCAAAGACCCCCAGAACCAGCCCUACUUUGCCCGGACAGACAGCGUGAAGCGGGAGAGCCGCAGCGCCUCCAGCCGGGUGUGUCACGGGAAGAUCUACCAUGAGCACUCCCGGGGGCACAAGCAGUGCCCCUACUGCCUCCUAUACAAGUACAUGUACAUCCACCGGCCACCCACGCAGAUGGAGGCCAAGUCCCCCUUCUACCUGACGGCCAGGAAGGAGGCGGCAGACAUGGGCAGCGUGUGGUACGAGGAGCAGAGGAUGGGCCUGCGCUCCCUGCGGGGCAUCGUCCCAAACCUGGCCAAGAAAGUCAAGCUGGAGAACUGCGAGAACUUCACCUUCGUCUCCUUCACUCAGGUCUCCCGGAGGCUCGGCUCCCACAGCUGCUGCCAGUGAGCCCGGCCCUGCUGCCUCCCUGGGCCCCUAGGCGUUGGCUGCCCCCGCCCUGGCAGCGCACCGCGCCCAGACUCCGGGGCUGCAGAAGGGGGGCCGGCUGCACCUGCUCUCCAUCCCGGGGGCCUGGCGAUCCUCAGAGCAGGGGUUCGCUUUUUAAAUGAGAGCAGAUGGAGCUUGGGUAAUUGGGGUGUCUCCAUCCAGAUGUGAGUCACCUGUUUUGCAAUUUUAGAAUCUAACACAAGGUAUCAUUGCUACGUACAAAAGUGAGAUUACUUUUAUUGAGUGCCUUUUUAGCACAGGUUUUCGCAAAAAAAAAAAAAAAGAAAAGAAAAGAAAGAAAAAAGAAUACUGUUUAGUCAUUUAAAAAACACACACACAAAAUCCCAGUAGCCUGGUAGCUUUAGGAUGUGAUGGAGACGUGUGCUUUGCUGGAUUAACACGAGAAGGAUUAGUCGGAGAGAGGCAGGCGGAGGAAAUGGCACCUGCAGCCACUGUGCCCUGUGUGGCCGCCUGGGCCCUUCGGAGUUGUGCAGUCCCGCAGCUUGGCGUCUGGACGUGGCCCCUGGCAUCCGGGCGUGGCCGCUGUCGGCCCUGAAAGGAGCUCAGAUCGCGCUGGCGGUGGAUAUGACUUUACUUUCUGCACCAAGACAAGUGCCACCAACGGGUGCUUUGGGAGAACAAGGUUCCCGGGGACCUGGUGGCUUGUGCCGCGUGGGGUCUGCCAGGAGUGGAAGCCAACGGCUUGGAAAAGCCACCUGCGAGCAACGUGGCCAGCCGGAAGUGCCUGCGAUUUCUUUCUCAGCGCCAUGCGCGAGCUCUGUGGGUUUGAACAUUUUUGGUUUUUGUCUUUUUUUUUUUUUUUUUAAGAGUUUCUGUUUAUUCUUCGUGUCUCAGAGCUGCGCUGUCAGCAUAAAGCACCAGAGCUGGAAUAAAACCACGGAGUCAUCUUCAGGCUGACCCAGGAAGAUCGAGCAAGACAAGCUAGAAGGAAAGCCAACCCCCAGAGGGUGUCCAUUAAAGGUAAUUGAGAUGUUGCUGUCAGAGCAUGACUUUCAGCCGUGACAGAUGGCAUUCGCUUUAGGGUGGCACCAGAGCUUGGCACCUGGCGUUGUAGGCGACCCCCCCACCCCCAUCCCUACCCCCGGUAAGGGGACCCAGCGAGAAUGACGGACAGGGCUGUAGAAUCGGAGCGUGACAGUGGGUUUGUCCCCACACUGUGAAGCCGGCCCGACCGCACGUGACCCAAACACCCACGGAGCUUGCUGGUAACUCCUCCGAAGGCAACGAUAAGUGAAAAAAAGAGCCCAAAGAGUGCUGGUGAACCGUAGUGGUGAUUCUUCGGGAUCUUUAUUUUGUAUGUGAGGAAAGACUGCUCUAACUUUAUACCGUUUUGUUCCUGUGAAUGCUUUCUAAUCUCAAAUUAAAAUCCCAAUCCGGAUUAAUCUUGUAGGAGUCUCAAACUCAGCCUUAUUUCUUUAUCAAGACAUUAUUUUGCUAUUUAUUUUUCAUUCAUUGUUUUUUAAAUUCCUCCACUGGUCGUUGAAAUAUAUAGGACUUUCUUUACCAGAGAAAACUCAACCAAGGCUGCCUUAAGGUUUAAUGUUUUUUUUUUUUUUUGUCUGCUCCUUCAUAUUUACGAUCUCACCUACUAGUUGAUCUUCCCUGCGUAGACGUUAAUUUUGCUAUGUCUCCAUCUGUGGACGAAUAACAGGUAGUAUUGCAUAAGCAGUGUUCCAAUUUAUGUCACAAGCUGUUCUGUGUGGGUUUUUUGUAGUGGAUUUUAUUUAUUAAUUUUUUUUUUCGUUAGGAAGAAAUAGACACAAAGCAUGAGUUCCAGUUUCCUUUCGUGUGCUAAACACCCAAAGGCUCUUUUGUUUGGGGCGAGCAGAUGGUCAUUUCUUGUCAGUCUGAACUAUGACCUAUGUGGGGCUGUUGGGAAGAGGCGGCAGACUAAUGAGAUGAGACCCCCAUUUUCAUUUUACCCAAGAAAUGGCCUUUUGGAGUUGCUGGAAUCUUUGCAGAUUUUAACAUUCCCCAAAGCAGCAGUCAGGGGUCCGGAGGUUGGCGUUUUGCUGUUGGCGGUGAUGUUUCAUUAGCUGAAUAUCCAUCUCUGCCUCGGAUGGCUUGCCUGUCACCUGUAUGAUGUUUUAUAAACCCCGAGUUCUGAAGUUGUGUGAUUCUAGUGAGAAAUCAGUCCCAUCCGAUGGAAUGAAGGAGCGGUACCCGGCUUCCUAAAUGCCACCCGUUACACCCCUCCCAGGAGGGGAGUGAGGACGAGAACACAUUCCUCACCUGCCACCUCCUGCACUGGGCGCUUCCUGCACUAGGUAUCAUGUCCUCGCACACGCACACGCACGAUCGACAAGGGGGGUUACCCUGCUACAUGGCAAGGCUCUACCCCUGUGUGUGGCUCUGGGGCCCUCUGAGGAACAGUAGCAGGUUCUCUUCCCAGUCAGCUCUACCCCAUUCCCUCCAGGCACUCCGGGGUUCCCUGUUCUUGGUCUGAGGCAGGAGAGAGGAAGAUCCUACAAGAAGGACAACGAAAGGUUAAAAGCAUUUUCUCCACUUACAGCUGGAAAAAUGGGAACGGGUAGCAAGAACGCACGCGUUCACGCAGGCACAAGUUGCUCUGGGCUCUACCUUAGGAACGGAGGUGCCGGGGCGGCAGGGGAGAGCUGUGGAAUCCCAUGGGUGAGCGCUCAUCUACAGCACCUCCUGCUGGGCCUCAGUGAGAACGCACCUUCUCUAUCCUGCCUCCCCAGAACCUGGCAGAGACGAAGGGCUUGACCCCAUCAAACAGGAAGACUUUAGCGUGGUCCUGGGCACACCACAAAUAUGCAAUAAUUGCUAGCUGUCUUUGUUAUCACUUUGGGUAAUACUAUUAUUCAGCUAAUCUGCACUAUACCGCUUGUUUUCUUCCUUUAUGGAGAUUCUUUCCCCCUUAAACUUGGAGAAACCAAAUCCAAUACCGAUCAAGUUAAUACGUUUAUGCCUGUGAAUUCUACCUCCUACGCAACCCAGCCCUGGUACCUCAGAUAGAAGCAAAAACGUGUGAAGGGAGAACAGCGAAGCCUCAAGAGCUUAAUGAGAUAGUUUUCCCGUUGUUUCGUGUGUUUGCAAACAGGAAUAUUAGGGCGUGUCUAACAAAGCUAUCAGAGCGGUGGUCACCCUGGUCACAAGGCGGCGUCCACCUUUCUCGGCCACCUUGUUGCAGUAGGCUGCCCUGGCGGUCAGUGGCAUUGGAAGAGAUGGAGCUUCCGUUGCUCUGAUUUUUUUAUUUUAAUUCAACCUUACUAAAAGCAUCAGGCUUGACA